AUGCCCCUCGACACCUCAACCUACCACCUCGCGCUCCUCCGGCUCGAUGGCCGGCGCUGGAACGAACUGCGCAGGCUGCACGCCCAGAUCUCGACCCAAGCCUCCGCCGACGGCAGCUCCUAUCUGGAAAUGGGCAACACGAAAGUCAUAUGCACGAUAGCCGGCCCUGCAGAAGUACGCGGAGCAGCAAGGCGAGAGGGUGCGGAGAGAGACAAUGCGGUGGUCACGGUGGAGAUUGGCAUAGCGGGGUUUAGUGGGGUCGAUAGGAGGGGAGGAGGAGGAGGAGGAGGAAAGGGGAGGGGCGAUAAGCGAACGACGGAGAUGCAGAAUACAAUUGCUUCAGCGUUCCAGAGCACUCUCUUCACACAUCUAUAUCCUCACUCCACCAUAACAAUCAGUCUCCACAUCCUUUCGCAAGACGGCUCCCUCCUCGCUGCCUGUCUCAACGCUGCAACUCUCGCCCUAAUCGACGCAGGGGUUCCAAUGAGUGAUUACAUCGUUGCCUGCACGUCUGGCCUCACACCCCCCAAAUCAGGAACUGAGAGCGCGGACCCGCUGCUGGAUCUAAAUGGCAUGGAAGAGCAAGAGUUACCGUGGCUGACGGUGGGGACGUUAGGAGCUGGCGAGAGGGUUAGCGUACUAGUGUUGGAGAGUAGAGUGCAGGUGGGACGGUUGGAGGGGAUGCUAGCGGUUGGGGUGGAUGGGUGUAAGCAAGUUAGGGAAAUCUUGGAUGGGGUGGUCAGGAGGCAGGGAAAGAGGGUUUUAGAAAGUGUGAUUAGCUGA